CGGACAACGCCGUUAACCCCAUUUGAACAACUGUAUUAUAAGUUAGUCUGUCUAAACCUUUUAGGCCUUCGCCAUGAGUGGUCCUCCUACCGAAUUGAAGAAACGCUACGCCUCACCGGAAAUUAUCCAAGCUCUAUAUGACCAAGAUGUAGAGUCCGCUGUGCGUCUUUUUAAAGAGCAGCCUGCUCUCGUCAAUGCCAUUAUAUUGCCAGAGCAUGAUCCAAGCAGUAAAAAGAUCGACGAAGAGCAGCCCCUACUAUACUAUGCGGCCACGAUUGGUUGUCGUAGGCAGCAUCCUAGUCUCGUGGCCCAGAUAAUUCCCAAUGUUACAUACCCAGAACCUCGAAAACCAGCAUCUGCCGAUAGCAUUGCCAUCACGACAGCAAUGGUCGACCUCGACGCCAACUUUUCUCGAAUGUUAUUGCAAACGAGAACUUAUGAAAGAGAUGAGUGGCAACAUAGAUGCCUUGCCUCCAUUACCGAGAUUCAAGACUCACCAGAAAUUCUUGAGCUCCUAAUGCGUGCUGGGGCGACGUCGAAUUAUACAGAUAUUAGGAACCCAUGGUCUGAUGACUUAGCAUCAGCGAUUCGCAAUAAUGCACCAAAGUCGUUUAUUUUCCUACUGGAUCUAAAGAUUAAUAAUGGUGCUCUGGACGAUGACGGAAUAGCCGACGUCUUGUUUGACAUAGUGGCCCAGGGCAGCCUAACAUUUUGGGACUUUAUGACGGCGCGGGGGCUCAUCCCUUUGAAGGAUGCCAUGGUAUCUCCAAGGUGGAAGGGGUAUAUGUAUGGCCAAGUUGAUGGACCUGGGUUAAAGCACCUAGAUUUGCAAUGGUUCGCCCAAUCAGUCUGCACACUGCUGGAGACCCUCAUAAUGUACCAUACAGAUGGGAAAUUGCCGACAAGAUUCUAGAAGCGAUGCAGCAAAUACUUAUUUCUAGUGGCGUGGAUGUUGCGACAGCGGACAAUGAGGGCAAGACAGCAGCGGAUAUCUAUGAAGAGGAGCAGCUGUGGAUUUUGCCGGCUCGAAAAGCGAGAGAAGUGGAAUAUGCUAAAAUGAAAGAAAAACUAAUCCAGAUGUACGAAACAGGUGGCUGGGGUCGUGGCUGGCGGGCGCAACAACUUCGUAACUCCAAGUAUAUGUAGUAUCCAUCUAAGUACAGUCACGUUCCUCUACGAUAUCCCUUUUAUCUUCUCCCUAUGAAUGAUAUAAACUAGUAUAGCGUUCUCGAUUCUUUUCACUCGAUACCGAGAAUCAAACACAAAUGGAAAUUCCCCCCUCUUCUAGUGGCUAUUUUGCCGCUUUUUACUAUUGACAAU